AUGAAGACAUUUGAUGCCGACAGCCAAGCUUUUGGGAACCGCGUAAAUGGCCGAAUUGUGCUGAUCAAGAUUGAGCCGAAAUAUCCGUUGGCCAUGCCUUAUUCGGCAGUAGCUAGUCUGUACUGCUCAUCUAUGCUCGCACACCCUGCAGACACACCGGAUCGUCCAGUCGUGGACUUCCUUGCGGACCUGUUCAACUGGACAGUUGACUGUUUAUGUUUGCAUCUGCCAACAGGCGGUCUUGAGGAUGAUCACAAAGUUAAGCGCACAAACCUCUCGCCAAUGCACGUGUGUACAGCAUGUCUGCUUUCAAAGACUCCUCCCCCUAAGGACAGAAAAGAUGUUGGUACGACGACUGCCAGGCGAGAUUUUCGCCACGAUAGCCGCCAUUAG